GUUGUUAUUGGAAAGAAAUACAUUCUAGCCAUUGGUUAUGAGUUUGUUGAGAUACGUUGAUAUUGUCCAAAGUGGCAUAUUAUUAAUAUUAUCAUGAAUUUUAUAUUGGCUGUGAUGUGUCUCUUUCAAAUGUGUGCUGAAAGUUUGAGUCAUAAUGGAACAAGACCUAACAUUGUGAUGGUGAUGACGGAUGCAUUUGACGGGCGCUUGACAUUUGAUCCCGGGAGCAAAGUUGUACACCUUCCCUAUAUAAACUACCUCAGAGAGCUGGGGAGCACCUUCAUGAAUGCGUACACCAACUCUCCCAUAUGCUGCCCCUCUCGUGCAGCCAUGUGGAGUGGCCAGUUUGCCCACCUCACUCAGUCAUGGAACAACUACAAGUGCCUCAAUGGAAAUGUGACCACGUGGAUGGAUCUGCUGGAGAAGAAUGGCUACUUGACGAAGAUGCUUGGGAAGCUGGACUACACUUCAGGGGCCCAUUCGCUCAGUAAUCGUGUUGAGGCCUGGACACGGGACGUCCCCCUCCUGCUGCGCCAAGAGGGUCGGCCUGUCACUCAACUGAUGGGUAACGGGUCAACAGUGAGAGUCAAUACUGUGGACUGGAAAAACACAGAUUUUGCCAAAGAAUGGAUUCAUCAGAAGGCUGCGUCGUCACACCGACCUUUUGCCCUUUACCUGGGCCUCAAUCUACCUCACACCUACAAGACUGAUUCCCUGGGCCCAACUGCUGGAGGAUCCACUUUCCGCUCAUCUCCUUACUGGCUGAAAAAGGUGCAUUCCGAGCUUGUCACUCUUCCCAGGUGGCUCCCCUUAGCGGCAAUGCACCCUGUUGACUACUACUCCACCUUCACCAAAAACUGCAGUGGGCAUUUUACAAAAGAGGAAGUCAAGAAAAUCCGAGCCUUCUACUAUGCCAUGUGUGCUGAAGCAGACGCCAUGCUGGGACAAGUCAUUUCUGCAUUAAGAGACAGUGGUUUGCUCAACAACACUGUAGUGAUUUUCACAGCCGACCAUGGUGAGCUGGCCAUGGAUCACCGUCAGUUCUACAAGAUGUCGAUGUUUGAGGGAAGCUCCCACGUUCCCUUGCUCAUCAUGGGGCCCGGCCUUGUGUCGGGCUUACAGGUCAACCAGCUCGUGUCGCUGGUUGAUAUCUACCCUACUGUGAUGGAUGUUGCUGAAAUCUCUGGAAUAGGAAAUCUCAGUGGCUACUCGCUGCUUCCUUUUCUGUCCAAGCACAGCACGUUUCCCAAGAGGCAACAUCCAGACUGGGUUCUGAGCGAAUAUCAUGGCUGCAAUGUCAAUGUCUCGACCUACAUGCUGAGAAUCGGCAAGUGGAAAUAUAUCACCUAUGCUGAUGGAGUGAGUGUCCCUCCUCAGCUCUUUGACCUUUCGCUGGACAAGGAAGAACUUCAUAACGUGGUCUUCAAAUUCCCAGAUGUGCAGGCGCUUCUCGACGAGAAGUUACGUAGCAUUAUACAGUAUCCGAAUGUUUCCACAACUGUUCAUGUCUACAACAAAAAGGAAUUUGGUGCCUGGCGCCGAAGUUUAGGAAGCAACUACAGUCAAGUUAUUGCUAAUCUCAGGUGGCAUCUUGAUUGGCAAAAAGAUGUUGUGACUAAUGAAAAACUAAUUGAUAGGUGGCAGGAUGAGUCCUCAUGAUACUGGAUUAUGCUUUAU